AUGAAAGAAGGGACAAUGACUGAUGGAGAAGUAUAUUUGAACACUUGUCAUUAUGCUAAAAAUCCCUAAAUUACCAUGUAAGAGUAAGAAAAAAACCAGAUAUUUAUAUCCACUUCAAAUCCAAAGAUAAAAAUAGUAAGUCAAUAACAAAAUCAUGAAAAAGAACCUAUUUAAUAAUAAUAAGAAUAAAUAUUCUAAUAAGCAUAACCUUCAUCACUCAAUCAAACAAAUUACUCAAACUAAUAGGUAAAUAAUCUAGAGUAGAUUUAAUUCAACAAUAAAAGUAUUUAUCAAUAAACCUUCAAUUAAACAAUAAUGAAAACUACAGUUUAGAUCUGUAAAAACUGCACCGGAUAAAUUAAUCAGGAUUGCAUUUCUUUACCCUGUUUACAUUCAUAUCAUAAGGAUUGUUUAUAUUAAUAAAUAUAGAGCAAUAUUGAUAUCGAUCAAGUAUCCAUAUUAUGUGUGUGUAAGAUUAAAAUUCCUUAAAAUUUAAUCUUACAAAUGAUCUGUGAUAAUAAGCAACUAAGGAAAAAGUAUUUUGUAAUCCAGUUAUUUGAUAUAAUUACAAGAGCUCCUCCUUAAGUUUAACAGCGUUUAUUGGGAUAGGCGAAAUACACUACAUCAUUCUUGAAAACCCUUUUGAAUGACUUGAUGAUUGAAGAUGAUACUCCGUAAAAAAUAGAGAAGAAAUGAAUUAAUUAUAUGGCAUGAUAUUUUAAAUUAAUAAACUUCGUCAAUAUCUUA